GCCGGAACUGGUGCGGCGCGGAGGCGCGACGUGACGGUGUCUCCGUGGUUUGGAGAGUAAUGAUGCGGGUGUGCUGGUUGGUGAGACGGGACAACCGGCACCAGCGGAUCAAACUUCCACAUUUGGAAGCAGUCGUGAUUGGGCGUGGCCCAGAGACCAAGAUCGCUGAUAAGAAAUGUUCUCGACGGCAAGUACAGUUGAAAGCAGAAUGUAACAAAGGAUAUGUCAGGGUAAAGCAGGUAGGGGUCAAUCCCACCAGCAUUGACUCAGUCAUAAUUGGGAAGGACCAAGAGGUGAAGCUGCAGCCUGGCCAGGUUCUCCACAUGGUGAAUGAGCUUUAUCCAUAUAUUAUAGAGUUUGAGGAGGAGGCAAAGAGCCCUGGCCUGGAGACAAACAGGAAGAGAAAGAUAUCAGGCAGCAGUGAUUCUGUAGAAAGGGAUGCUUCCCAGAAAGCUGAGCCCAGUACAGAACUGCAACCUGGGAGUGACACUAGCCAAUGCUUUGUGCCCCCAAACAAGGAAACAAAUGCAUCUACCAAAAAGGAAUCAUUAGGCCACUGGAGUCAAGGCUUGAAGAUUUCUAUGCAGGACCCCAAAAUGCAGGUUUACAAAGAUGAACAGGUGGUAGUGAUUAAGGAUAAAUACCCUAAGGCACGUCACCACUGGCUGGUCUUACCAUGGGACUCCAUUUCCAGUCUGAAGGCUGUGACCAGGGAACACCUUGAGCUCUUCAAACACAUGCAUGCUGUGGGGGAAAAGGUGAUUGCAGAUGUUGCCGAGUCCAGCAAACUCCGCUUUCGAUUGGGUUACCACGCCAUUCCCAGCAUGAGCCAUGUACACCUUCAUGUCAUCAGCCAGGAUUUUGAUUCUCCUUGCCUUAAAAACAAAAAACAUUGGAAUUCUUUUAAUACAGAAUACUUCCUAGAAUCACAAGCUGUGAUCGAGAUGGUGCAAGAGGCUGGCAGAGUAACUGUCCCAGAUGGGAUGCCUGAGCUCUUGAAACUGCCCCUGCGCUGUCAUGAGUGCCAGCAGCUGCUGCCUUCCAUUCCUCAGCUGAAAGAGCAUCUCAGGAAGCACUGGCCAGAGUGACUCUGUGGAGCCUGAGCUUCUGCAGCAAGUGACUGAAUGUUUAGAGCAAACUCCUGGCACCUGUUCUGGAUUGCUUGUGAACUUUUAUUUAUUUCUUGAGUUAAAAAAUGCAGAUAAUAACCCACACUAUUAUACAUGCUUUUUAUAUUCAGUGAAUCUCCAUAAUAAAGAAUUAAAGAUGGGUUCCACCUUAAUUUAUUUAGGACUUUAUCAAGAAAUGUUAAGUCACUAAUCGCAAUGUAGCCUGUUAUAUUUGAUUCCCUACACCACUCAUCUCUAGCCCUCUGCAUCUGCAGCUGUACUGUUUACAGAGACUAACUCCUGAGGUCACUAGCUUUCUGUUUCUUCUCAUGUCUGAAUAUUGCAUUAUGAAAGACAUAUUAUUUGUCUUUAUUACAUAUAUGUACUAUACAUACUUGUGUAUAUUAUAGAUAUACUUGUGACAUAUGUAUGUAUCACACAUAUUAUCAAUACAGCUA